AUGGCGACUUCGAUGGAACUGGUCAUGGACAGGCGCUCAGCCGUGGCUUCGAGGGCGGCAAUGUUGCCGAGGUUCGGGGCAAUGGCGAUUCGAUCGAGGUGGUGGGAGAAGGAAUUGUCGUGGGAGUCGGUCGGAUCAGGGGCGUCUGGGCCGUCACUGAAAUCGGGGAGCGGAUCGGGGACUCAGGGGCGGCCUUCGCAUUUUGCGCUGGGGGGUCGGGAUUUGAGCAUGCAGCGGUUGUCUGCGGCACGAUGGUCGUAUCGGCGGCGCCAACAGCCCCGCCAAGACUGGCCCCCAGGUGUUGCUGGUGCUGGUGCUGGUGCUGGCUUGCGUCUGUCAGGUCUGCAUUUGGAGCUGGCGAUGUUGUCCUUGACACCGGACCGAGAGACGGGCGAAGACUGGCACUGCUCUUUUUGGCCGCCAGUUCUCGUUCUUUCUCAACCACUGCCGCGUGCAGGGCUUCAAACGAUUGGACCAUGGAGCUGA